AUGACACUUGUUUCCGAUGUUGUGAUAGCAGAGAGCCCCGGGCUGCAGCAUUUCACUCCGUGUCCAUAGUUUCUACAAGUCCUGUACAUGUGUAUCCAGCUGUUGCUGUGUGUGAAGUCACCCAGUACAUGAAUACCUCCCUUCACUUACAGACUGGCUAUAGGACCCUGCAGAAUCCCUGCCCUCCCUGGUGUCUGAGUCCACAAAGGGUGUGUAGACUCUGAAAAUCAAACUUUUGCUUUUCCUUCCAUGUGGGGCACAAGGAGCCUUGGACGACUUUACCGCCUGUCUCUGCAGUUGCUGCAACCUGCCCCUCAAGACGACCUGCAUUCUUGUCCUCACAUGGUUAAAGCCGAAGUCAUUGGAGAAAAACUUCUCAUCUUCCCAAAGUGGGUGUAGCAGAGUUCUCCUGGCACUACAAAGACAGCUCCUGGGCAGGAAAGGGUGUCAGUCAUGAAAUUAAACUAGCCCCAUAAGAUACCCCAGGGAUGAGAUCCUUCCAAGAAGAAGAAGAAGAAGGAACCUGUGAUGCCCCCUGCUGAAGAGGACUAUGCCUGAUCUGGAGAAGACGUUUUGGUAGCUGCAAGUUUUGCCAACCUGCACUUUGAUAUGUUUGUCUUGCUAGUCUUCUGCCUGCACUCACUGCUCUCUCCUGCCCUAGGACAGACUAUCCCCGAAGCAGAUUAUUCCAGCUUCAUCCCAGAUUCCGAAGGUGACCUUUACUUCCUACUGGACAGUUCAGGAAGCGUCAGCUAUGAUGAGUUUUCCAAAGUCAAAGAGUUCAUUGGAGAUCUUCUUCAACCCUUCAAGUUUGGUCCACAGGACGUUCAGGCUAGUGUUGUUCAGAUCAGCACCAAUCCUACACUGGAAUUCUCCUUGAACCAAUACCAUUCCAGUAAGGAUGUCAUAAAAGCCAUCCAGAAUGUACGGCAGCGAAUGGGGGAUACAAAUACAGGCAAAGCUAUUGAUUACGUAAAACAAAAUCUAUAUGCAGAAAACUUUGGUUCUAGGGGUGAUGUCCCAAAAGUUCUGGUUUGGAUGACAGAUGGAUUGUCCACUGAUGACAUCUCUACGCCAAUGAAGCUUCUCAAGGACAUGGGUGUUUCAGUAUUUAUUAUUUCCACGACGGGUCGAGGAAAUUUCCAGGAUCUAUCUGCUGCAGCCAGUGAACCAGAUGAGAAAUACCUAAAGUUUGUUGACAAGGAUGAUCUUGGCAUUAUUACAAAGGAGCUGCGGGACUCGAUCAUUGAACUGAUUCAAACGAAGAGAUUUCAUGCAGUAAAUAUAACAACGACAAGUAUCCAGCUGACCUGGCCAAGAUUAUUGUCCAAGGAUACAGGACAUUAUGUUUUAGAAUAUGUCCCGGUAGCUGAUCCAAGGAAGAAGUUACAGCAUACUCUGCGCGGGGAUCAAACAAGCUUAGAGAUUACAGGGUUAACUGCAGAUACCAGUUACAAGGUCACACUGUACCCCGAGUCAAACAUUGAGUAUCUCCAGCCUCAAACCAUAGAAGUCUCUACUCUUCAAGAAGUGAAGGAAGAAAGGAAUUUGGAAGCCCUGAAUAUAACAACCACAAGUUUCUGGUUGACUUGGUCAAGGUUAUCUGGAGAUACAGGGACGUAUCUCUUGGAGUAUUCACCAAUGUCUGACCCCAGAAGAAAGUUACAGAAGACGACAUCAGUGGAGGAGACUAGUGUGGUUCUUAGUAAUUUAACCCCAAAUGCCACCUACAAGGUCACACUCAUACCUGAGUCCAAUUACCCAAAUAUUCAACCUGAAACAAUCCAAGUGUCCACGCUCCCAGAUUAUAUCCCAGCAAGAAGUCUAAAGAUUUUCAAUAUCACUUCCACCAGUUUCAAUGCCAGCUGGUCCAAGUUAGCAGGUGACACAGGACGUUACUUUCUGGAUUAUGCUUUACUAUCUUACCCAAGGAGAAAGACAAGAAAGACAUUCUAUGGAUACCAGACCAGUGUGGUGGUCGGCGGUUUAACACCAAAUACCACCUACCAGGUCACAUUUAUUCCUGAAUCCAAUCUGGAGGCCUCGCAGUCACAGACAUUCCCAGUCACCACUCUACCAGACAUAAUCCAAGCAAGAAAUCUACAAGUCUACAAUAUCACCUCAAGGAGUCUUCAUUUAAGCUGGUCCAGACUAGAAGGUGAUACAGGCCAUUAUAUAGUGAAUUAUGUAUCGGCUUCUCAACCACAUGCAACAGCAAAGAUGUCACUGCACGAUGAGAACAGUGUGGAAAUUAGAAACCUAAGACCAAACACCACCUAUCAGAUCACCUUUGUUCCAGAAUCCAACAGGCAAUACAUCCAGCGGCAGUCAAUAGAACUCACCACCCUCCCGGAACAUACCCGGACAAGGAAUUUGCAGGCUCAGGACAUCACAAGUACUGGUUUUAUCUUAACCUGGUCAAGGCUGCCUGAAGAUGAAGGGCGUUAUGUUUUGGAGUACGUUCCAGUUUCUGAUCCAGGGAGGACACAACAGAAAAUUGUGUAUGGAGAUGAGACCAGUGUGUCUGUAAGUGACCUGAGAUCAGAUACCACCUAUCAGGUCACAUUGAUACCAGAGUACAGUGGAAAUUAUGCUCUUCCUGAAGUCAUCAUGGUUUCCACUCGAUCAGAACCAAUUCAGCCAAGGAGUUUGCAGGUCAUUAAUAUAACAGCGACGAGCUUCUUGGUAACCUGGUCCAGGGUUCCUGGAGACUGGGGCAGUUAUGUUCUGGAAUAUUCCCCAAUAUUGGAUCCAAGUGCAAAAUUCCGAAAGACCUUGUCUGGGGAUGUGAGUAGCGCGAUGGUUAGUAACUUAGCCUCCAAUACCACCUAUCAGGUCUCGCUUAUCCAUGAGUCCGGUGUCCAGUAUGCCUCAAUUCAAGUAUCUACUCUCAUGGAUCGAAUCGAAGCAAGAAACCUGCACGUUCAGGACAUAACGUCUACAAGUUUCCAGUUGUCCUGGUCCAGGUUGGCUGGAGACACAGGGCGCUACGUGUUGGAGUAUGCACCAUUAACAGAUUUAAGCAAGACAAUACAGAAUGUUUUAUAUGGAGAUCUGACUAGUAUGUUAUUCAGCAACCUAAACCCAGAUACCGUCUACCAGGUUACCUUUAUCCCUGACUCCAAGGGGCACUUUAACCAGGUGCAGCGUAUCAGAGUCUCCACACUUCCAGAUCCAAUCAAAGCAAGAAACCUGCACAUUCAGGACAGAACGUCUACAAGUUUCCAGCUGUCCUGGUCCAGGUUGGCUGGAGACACAGGGCGCUACGUGUUGGAGUAUGCACCAUUAACAGAUUUAAGCAAGACCAUACAGAACGUUUUAUAUGGAGAUCUGGCUAGUAUGUUCUUCAGCAACCUAAACCCAGAUACCGUCUACCAGGUUACCUUUAUCCCUGACUCCAAGGGGCACUUUAACCAGGUUCAGCGUAUCAGAGUUUCCACACUUCCAGAACCAGGUCACCAAAGGAGUUUGCAGGCCAUUAAUAUAACAGCGACAAGUUUCUUGGUAACCUGGUCCAGGGUUCCUGGAGACUGGGGCAGUUAUGUUGUGGAAUAUUCCCCAAUAUUGGAUCCAAGUGCAAAAUUCCGAAAGACCUUGUCUGGGGAUGUGAGCAGCGCGAUGGUUAGUAACUUAGCCUCCAAUACCACCUAUCAGGUCUCGCUUAUCCAUGAGUCCGGUGUCCAGUAUGCCUCAAUUCAAGUCUCUACUCUCAUGGAUCCAAUCAAAGCAAGAAACCUGCACGUUCAGGACAGAACAUCUACAAGUUUCCAAUUGUCCUGGUCCAGGUUGGCUGGAGACACAGGGCGCUACGUGUUGGAGUAUGCACCAUUAACAGAUUUAAGCAAGACAAUACAGAACGUUUUAAAUGGAGAUCUGACUAGUAUGUUAUUCAGCAACCUAAACCCAGAUACCGUCUACCAGGUUACCUUUAUUCCUAACUCCAAGGGGCACUUUAACCAGGUUCAGCGUAUCAGAGUUUCCACACUUCCAGAAGUGAACCAGAGGAGACCUCUAUAUACCCGGGAUAUUACAACAUCAAGUUUCCAGCUGGACUGGUCAAGGGUGCCAGGAGACAAUGGACCCUACAUAGUGGAACUUGAAUUAGUGUCAGAUCCAAGGAGGAAACUUAGAAAGACUUUGCCUCUUGAACAGAUGAAUGUGAUAUUUAGUCAUUUAAGCCCAAAUACUCAAUACCGGGCCACUGUCUUCUCAGAGUCCAAUAUCCAACAUGUUCCACCUCAGAGCAUUCAAGUCUCAACACUUGAGGAACAGCUUUCUCCAUUCCAAAUCUUAAUCUCUGACCCCAGUGCACACAGUUUCCGGGUGAGUUGGGGUCCCAACCUUGACAGUGUUGCUGGAUAUGAAAUUCAAUACGGACCGAUCCCCAGCAAUAUCGUACGAACCUUGCAGGUGGACAGCAGGUUGAAUAGCACUGUUCUGGAGAACUUGAGAUCCAACACAACGUACCUGGUUACAGUGUCUGCCAUCUUUAAAUCUGGCGGCGAGAAAGCUUUGUCUGCCAUAGCAUGCACAGAACACAAUGAGACAAAGGUAAAGUACCUGCAUUUAAAAGACCUGGGCUCCAGCACUGUGAAGGCCACAUGGGGAUCUGCAGAUGGAGACGUGCAGGGUUAUCAUGUGCGGUGCAGAAGGCAAGCGGGCCGUUCCACAGUCAUCAGUGUAGCUCCACAGGCUAAAAGUAUAUAUUUGACAGACUUGGCAGAAGGAACCAUGAAUAAGAUCUGUGUCAUGCCUAUUUAUAAGGAUGGAGAUGGGAAAAAUCUGUGCCGAAAGAUUCAGAUGCAACCAGGAACAUCAGCGAACAACUAUUCAAGCAUAUCAACCCGGUAAAUGGAUGUUAAAAGAUGCCAUGAAGGCCAUCAUGAGUGGAGCCACAUGAAAGCCACAGGCUCUACAGGAUGAGAAACCUUCACUCUCUGGACGUUUCUACAGAAGAAAAACUACUGGGAGCAGAGCUUGGGCAUUUAGGCCUGUAGAAUAGACGAGAUAACCUAGAGCAGGCAUGCUCAACCUGCGGCCCUCCAGCUGUUGUAAAACUGCAACUCCCACAAUGCCCUGCUGAUAGCUGUAGGCUGUUCGGGCAUGCUGGGAGUUGUAGUUUUGCAACAGCUGAAGGGUCGCAGGUUGAGCAUGCCUGACCUACUGUAACAUCCCCGUGUUCAACAAGAGUGACCAAAAUGAACCACUUCAUAACCACUUCAGACUGUUCCUAACAGCAAUUUUAAGGGGUUCUCCAGGACGAAAAAAAUUGAUGGCCUAUUCCGAUAGGCUGUUAUUAUCAGAUUGGUGGGGGCAUCAACUCUCAACACCCUCUGAACAGCUGAUUUGAAGAGGCCACAACGAUCUAGUGAGUGUCGCGUCUCCUUCAUUGUUUAACAGGCACAUCUAGGUACUUUUAGUAUUGGCUGUAUCUAGUACAACAACUCGGAGCAGCUCAGUCCAAUUCAAGUGAAAGGAAUUGAGCUGCAAUACCAGGUACAGCCACUAGCAAAUGUACGACGCUGUGUCUGGUAAACAAAGAAGGAAACCUGUGAUCAGGUUUUGAUUGGCGGGGUUGAUAAGAAUCGGACCCCCACUGAUCUCAUACUGAUAACUGAUCCUAAGGAUAGGCCAUCAGUAUUUCUACUGGAAAAACCCUUAAACUGUUAUGUCAAAGAAGGCUAAGGCUGGUUACCCGCUGUAUAAUACAAUGGACAUCUUGCCUCAACAUGGGCCUAGGAAAUGGUAUGGCUGAUAACUGAGGUCUUUGAAGAAGCAAAAGAUUAAUGUUGUGUGUUUUCAUAUAACUGAGGAAAUCUGUUACAAAAGAAAAAAAACUCAUGAGCAAAAAGGAAUGCAACCAAGAUCAGAGUCGAGAGAAAGAAACUAAGGGCCUUUCUACACAGACUUGGAUUGGGUCAAUUAUGGGCAACAGACAUUCAUAAGAAUGGUCAUUCCCGAUAAUUGAUGCUGCUGGUCACCCAACAACAGAGCAAAACACUCCUGGUGAUCGCAUCUUUCAUGUAGCACAUCAGUCUGUGUAAUAACGAUCAUUCAUUCCCUUUUCACUUUGCGUUGGGCCAUGUGAAAGGCACUUUAAUUAUGGGCAUCAGCCCACGUUAAAUGACCCUAAACCAGUGGGCGCUAACUACACUCAUUAUCCAUCCUUACCCCCCAAGUCACAGACCGGGUGCUACUAAAUAUUAUUGCCUACCUAGUUGAGUAGCACGGUUCAUUGUGAGGAAAUCUCUCCAGGUCUCAUAGCACCUGGUCCUUCUAGACCAGUUUGGUGAAGAGGCAGUAGCAGUUUUCAGCAUCUCAGUUUGCUGUCUAGCAGGCACACUUAGCGCCAACUGGUUGAAUAUUGUAUGGACAUAUUACAGGGGUCAAUAUUUAAAGUGAUUUAGUCUGCAAAUCCACUUUUAGGUGACUGCUCCACAGCAAGACGGCAGUGAUUGUGAUUUGUGGGAUUAGCGCUCCACUACUUCAGUGUUUCCACACUACUUUUUGCCAUGGUUGUAAGGACACUGGUAAUGGACACUAGGUCACUUCACUAGUAAUCCCAUGUUGGGUCUGCAUAGAACCCCCGCUGUAUGUACCAUAUACACCUUACAGGAUGCAGUAUACACGUCUCUUAUUGCUAUAUGGACAACCUUAAAGGACUCUAAAUAAAGCAUAACUUGUAUCAGUUCUAGAGCAAAUGUCCUUAACCUCACAGUAAGGAGCUCAGCAUCCGGGGUGUGAUGUCCACGGACUCGCGUUACAGGAACGGGCCAUGUACAUAUCCGGCGCUCGGUCUACAGUCUUCUUAAUCUGCAUGCAAGUAGGGGCAGGAAUGGUCAGUGAUAUAGGAUACUUACAGGAACCACCAUGUCCAGAAGGUUCUUUUCUUCGGGUUUGUCUCCAAUACUGUACAGUAUAUUAAUUCUCUACUGUACAGUUAAAGUGCUUGUCAAUGAUGAGAAAAAUGGCUAAAAUAUAGCACCACUCUUGUACACAGGACUGAGCAGUAAUAGCAGAAAUGGCCCAUAGGCAACAGAAAAAAACUUGUGUUCCCCAUAAUAUAACAGUUCUGGAGCUUCUCUGUAUUGAGUUGUUCCUCUGCUGUUCCUUCUAGAAAUGUAUAAAUAGAUUGACAACUUACACAUUGAAACUGUUCAGCCAUCACUGCCAGUGCAGGGACACACACCUAUGCCAAGGAGAAUGGUAACGCCCAUGUAUUUAUACAUUUCUAGGAGGAAUUCCAAAUGGACAACUCCACGUAGAGUUUUAAGAAAAUAUGUUCCAGAAUCAUGAUUUUAUGUGGAAUACAAGUAUUUACCAAAACAUAUGUUAAAGAGGUCAUCUCUCCUGAGGAACCAGGACUUUGGGGAGUUAUAUUAUGUACAAUUCCCUAAUAUUUUAUCAUUAGUCAAAACACUCCGAAUCAAAGCAGAAUCGACCAAAACAGGAAAUCUACAACUACCUCCAUAACAGCGCACUGCAGCAGUGUACGGAGAGGUGCACAUCCGCAGCAGUGUACGGAGAGGUGCACAUCCGCAGCAGUGUACGGAGAGGUGCACAUCCGCAGCAGUGUACGGAGAGGUGCACAUCCGCAGCAGUGUACGGAGAGGUGCACAUCCGCAGCAGUGUACGGAGAGGUGCACAUCCACAGCACUCUUCGUUCACAUCCGUAGGAGUUUUGAAGACAGCUGUGCGACAGCGCUCGACUGUCCUCGGAACUGUAACAGAAGUCAAUGGAGAGAGCUGCGGAUGCACAGCCACCUCUCCAUACACUCCAGGGGGGACCAGUUAUGGAGAUAGAUGUAGAUCUCGCAGGUGGACACCGUAUCUGGAAUAUGCCAUAAAAGUCUGAGAAGGGAGUACCCCUUUAAAACAGAGGAGCUGCAUGGAGCCCAAAUUCCAUGCAGCUUCUUGUAGCUCGUUGACAAGUCUGUAGAUAUUUCUGUAUUUUAAGCAUUUUGUACUAACUUUUAUAGUUGUUUAUUGCACAAUAAAAAGUUAACAGUGGGUUGUAAAA